AUGGGCGAGAGGAUCAAAGUAGGCCAAAAAAGAGGCAAGUUUGAUUAUGUUGCUCUAGCCGGCACUAGUAAUAUUAAAUUCAGAGCAACUGGAGCAAAGAAGAAGGAAGGGGAUGCCCACGCCGUGACUGUAGCUUUUGCUUGGCCGAAGCCCCAACAAACCAACACUUACCAGUAUGCCCAACAUCAACCAAGCUUUUCGACCCGCAUCGAAAACCCCUCCAGUUCAGCGCCCGUCCAGCAAAACACACCCGCUCAACCACAAAGGGCCCCCACUCAAAACUCGACUCCUACACAACCUCGCCCCACCGGUAGCUCCAAUUUGAGCACAAGCACCAAUCCUGGAAGGAAUUUUCCACUAAAGAAGGUUCUAGAAUUUGCGCCUAUCUCGAUGUCGUACGCAGACUUGCUGCCCUCUUUGAUUGCCAACCAAAUGGCGGUAGUGACCCCCGAGAGGAUUUUCCAGUCUCUGUUUCCUCGAUGGUACAAUCCUAACACAACUUGCGCUUACCAUGGGGGUGUCCCUGGACACUCGAUAGAACAGUGUGUGGCCUUCUAUCAUAAGGUCCAAAGUUUGAUCGAUGCAGGUUGGUUGACGUUCCAAGAGGAUAGUCCAAACAUAAAGACAAACCCUCUUGCUAGUUAUGAGGGACCAACAGUUAAUGUGGUGGAGGAAUGCGAACUUCAGAGGCCAAAGCAGUUGAAAGAUGUGGUAAUCUCAAGGAGGUAUAUGUUGAAGACACUGCACGAGGCAGGCAUCAUUUGCUUUGAUGGGGGCAAGGGAGACGCCUGCUUAAUACACCCAAGAACAGCCUAUGAUGUAGAAGCGUGCCCCAUGGCAGAAGGUUUGCUGCAAGGCAUAAUGGACCAAGGCCGAUUUGAAAUUGUUGACGCAAGCGAGGGGGAGCAACACGUGUACAUGCAAUCAGCUGACAAGAGCCUGAGCAAGCCCAAACCCUUGGUGAUACACUUCACCAGAGAUGUUGUCGCGCAUAAGCCCCGCAGCUACCAGCCUCUCCCAGUUACUAACAUUUCUGGCAUAAGUGACGUGAUCGGUAGCGGGCAAAUCUUCGCGGCACCAGACCUGUUGGUACAUCCCAAGGACACAAAGGGAAAGGCGAAGGUGGGCACGGAAGAAAGCGAUAAGGCAAGCCCGAUUUUUGAUGAGGAGAUCCCGACUGGGAGAUUCGCUAAGGGAGAGGAAGACUUUGGCAGAAAGAAGAUAUCCGUCGAGGAAGAAAAUGAGUAUCUUCGGAUUAUCCCGCAAAGCGAGUUCAAAGUAAUUGAACAGCUCAACAAAACCCUAACUAGGGUCUCCCUGUUGGAACUACUCAUGAAUUCCAAGCCUCAUCAGGCACUGUUGGUAAAAAUCUUGAACGAGGCCCAUGUUGCCCAAGACAUAUCUGUGGAGGGCUUCAGAGGCAUCAUCAACAAUAUUACCGUCGACAAUUUCCUCAGCUUCACCAAUAAGAAGAUACCCGUUGAGGGCCAGGGACAUAAUAGGGCCUUGCAUGUGUCCAUUAAGUGCUUGGACCACAUCGUGGCCAAGGUCCUUAUUGACAACAGCUCGUCGCUUAAUGUUAUGCCCAAGAGUACAUUGGACAAGCUUCCCUUUAAUGCGUCACACCUGAGGUACAGGCUUUUGACGGCAGUCGCCAGGAUGUAA